CAAUAACGGAAAGUUCGGAGCGCCGUCAAAACUGAGGUUUUCUGUACUCGACGUCAGGAUGCUUCCUACAGCGAGAGCGACUGGAUGAGAGAGCUCGAUCUCACCCGGGCGUUACAUCUAACUCACCUGUCCUGCAUUUGUCGAGUACGUACCAGAACAAGGCGCGAAGGAAAAUGUUCGGAGCGCCGGAGUCGGGCAGGCGGCGCGGCAAGAACCAGCCGCCGGGCCGCGCGAGGGCGGUGGAGGUGGCGCGAGGCCGGAGCGGAUACGGUUUUACCCUCUCGGGUCACUCGCCGUGCGUGCUGAGCCGCGUCCUGAAGGGCAGCCCGGCCGAUCACGUGGGCCUCGGGGCCGGAGAUCACGUCCUCGGCGUCAACGACAUCGACGUGGCCAGAGCGUCCCACGAGGACGUGGUGAAGCUGAUCGGGCGCUGCUCGGGCGUGCUGCGUCUGCUCGUCGCCGAGGGCGGCCGGAUGGAUUCCUGCUCCAGCGACGAGGAGCUCGGGUUCCACGAGCACAAGAGCCACUGGCCGCGACCCAAGAUGGACUCCAAGACUCUGGGGAUAAACCGGGCUGAGCGCGUGGUGGCCGAGAUGCGGUCCGGCGGGAUCUUCAACAUGAUCUUCGAGAUCUCGUCCAGCCACUCGUCCAGCAGCUCGGAAAAAGCCGCCGCCGCCGCGAGGCGACGCCCCGUUUCAGACCUGGACCUCCUCGGGGAAGACCUGGACGCCCGCCGGACCGAUCCCGACCACCUUUCGGGGGAGGAACUGGCCCGGGUGGUGCGGGACGUCUCUGACUCCGUGUUCGUAGACCCGGACCCGGACCCGGACCCGUUCGAACCCGAGCACCGGGACGCCAUCCUCAACGUGGGCAUGAUCGUGGGCUACCUGGGCUCCAUCGAGCUGGCGUCCAGCGGCACCAACCUGGAGAGCGACAGCCUGCAGGCCAUCCGCGGCUGCAUGCGCCGCCUGAGGGCCGAACAGAAGGUCCACUCGCUGGUUCUCCUCGAGGUCCUGCACGACUGCGUCCGCCUGAGGAGCGAGCGCGGCGCCGUCCUGGCCUCCUACCCCGCCGAGAAGCUGGCGUUCAGCGCCGUGUGUCCGGACGACCGACGCUUCUUCGGUCUGGUCACCAUGCAGGCCGCCGAGGACCGUCCGAUGAGUCCGAACGGACAGGACGACCAGGGCUCUCGGACGUCCUGCCACGUCUUUCUGGUGGAUCCUGAGCUCUGCCAUCACAAGGUCCAUCAGGGGAUCUCCAGACGUUUCGGCUUCGCCUGCACCCCCGACCCGGACACCGGCGGCUGCUUGGAAUUCCCGCCGACGUCCCAGCCGCUGCUGCAGUUCGUAUCCGUGCUGUACCGGGACAUGGGCGAGUCCAUCGAGGGCGUGCGGGCGCGAGCCUUCCUGGACGGCGACCUGGACGCCCAGCAGAACAACAGCACCAGCAGCAACAGCGACAGCGGGAUCGGCAACUUCCUGCCCGAGGAGAAGAACAACCGCGUCCUGCUGGUCGAUCUGGGCGCCAAUCCUUCCCGCCACGCGCCCGCGGGAUUAUGGGAGAACCCGCCCCCGCCGCCUCCGCCCCCGAUUCCUCCCCAUCGUAACGGCUACCGGCACGAGCUCCCGGAGCCGCACCCGGACAGGCACCUCGACCCCGCCUCCCGACCGGACGUCUCGGGCCUGCCCACGCGCCACCAUCUCCCCCCCCACUCCAAGAAGGGCGCGGCGGGCCAGCGCUGGUUGCCGGUCCACGUGCUGAAGGAUUGGCACGGCGGGCGCAGCAGCGAUCAGGAGUCCUACAGCGAGUCCACCGACGGCUGGUCCAGCGCUAACUGCAGCACGCUGCCCCCGCCCAUGAGUAAGAUCCCGGCCGACCGGUACCUGGCGGCCCGAGACAUCGCCUCCCAGCCCCACCGGCUCCACGCCCACAAGGACGAGUGGGCCAGCGAGCUGUUCGGCGCCGAGAGGAACGCUUACGAGAAUCGUCAGACUCCACAGCAGCACAACGGCAGGAAGAGCAAAGACCCGGAGAAAAAGGGUGGAAGGUUCCGGGGCGUCACUGCGGGAUUUCCACAGCGCUCGUCCGGGAGGAGAUCGUUCGGCCGCUCCAAACGCCUCAGUCUGGCUCACUCACUGGAUGAUCUGGAGCAUAAAGUCCCGCCCUUCAACAAAAAAGAGCCAAUCGGCUUGCUGCUUGUGCCGAGAGCGGAGGGGGGUCAGCGUGCUAGUGGCGAACCCCCCCCUCGCUGCGGAGAUGUGCGCAGGCGCAGUAGCCUUUUUGCUCUCACGUCGUUCUCGGACUCACGCAGUGACCGACGCUCCUCGUACUCACGCCGGUGCUUUCGCUUUAGUCCGUCACGUCCGUCACGUCGUGAGCGGGUCGUCGUGAUCGUACCUCCUCGAGUCUUUUCAGGACGCGCCGCCUACACGCCACGUCCACGCAGCCAGGAACCCGCGCGGCCCGGUUUAAUUUUAGCGUUUCGUGCUUCUCCCGACGUGAACGCGGGCGACUCCGGGAGCAGCGAGCCCGGCGAUGGCAGGUCUCCAUGGCGACCGAGGAGGCGGGAAGGAGAAGGAUGCCGUGUGUCUACACGGCGACGCUCGGCGCUCUCGGGACCGCACCGGGACGAGCGCGAUGCGAGACGAUUGGAGUUUAAUAAGCAGUUUGAGUGUGAGCGUGGGAGUGGGCUGGCUCACGCUUAG